UACGAUUAUACGCCGUCAUAGCAGAUAACAUUUUAAAUUUUAACUACAGCUUGCUGCAUUAAAUAUAAAUAUUAUUUUAAUUUCCGUUGCUGUCCAGUUGGCAUCAAAUACCGAAAUAUCUUUGGUGUUCAUCGCCAAAUGGCCAAUAAAGGUAUCACUUUAAGUUUUAAACAUUUUUUAAUCUAUUUCAGUUUUCUUUUAUGUUGUUUUAUAUAAAAUUAUAUACCAAUUUUAUAACUGAAAAUGACAAGAUAAGUAUUGUCUUAACGUUCCUGGCAAAUUUUUUUGAUUAACAAAAUCGUAUAAUAUUCAUAAGCCACAAGACUAUAGACAAUAACAUGUGGAUAUGCAUUAACCGCUGGUAAAAAAAUUAAAAGCUAUACAGCUUUACAGCUUAUAACACUUCGUCCAGGUAUAGAAAGAUUUUCGUAUGCACUUUGUCAAACAAUUACCUAAUGAGAAACAUUUAUAAAACUUAUCAAUUAAAUGGUGAAUUUUUACUCUAAAGUACUACGAAUGAACUUUCAAUUUUAUUGGUUAUCUACCUAUGCAUGGUUUUGUUUCAACCAUCAAAAUAUUGUGAUAUCAUAUUUAUAAUGUGUGCAUUAUUAAUACCAAUUUGAGAACUACCGAUGGACAUGGGACUGGUUGACUUAGAGUCUGCCUACUGUGGCGCGAACGUCAUCAUCGCAAAACCGAUUGAGGAAAACGGGAGAGAAGACGUGGUAGAACCUGUUGUUAGCCUUGAGCGUCGGAAUGGAGAAGAUAAAACAUCGUCCGACGUACAAAAAGUCAUCAAACCCAACCUGAAGGGUGACAGGCUCAAUGUGGCCUUGCUUGUACUGCUAUACACGUUGCAAGGUAUACCUAUAGGAAUUACCUUGGCAAUUAGGGCGUACAUGCAGAACAAGAAGGUCUCAUACGGUCAACAGGCAAAGUUCAGUGUGGUCGACUUACCGUACAGUUUGAAGCUAUUGUGGGCUCCGUUGGUGGACGUCGUGUACUCGCAACGUAUGGGCAAACGGAAGUCGUGGCUGGUGCCGGUGCAGUUUUCCAUAGGACUGUCGCUGAUAUUCAUAGGAUCGAACAUAAGCAACUGGUUGAUGGAAAACGAUACACAUAUGACUGCGUUGACGUACGUGUUCUUUUGCGUAAACGCUUUGGCCGCGACUAACGACAUCGCCAUCGAUGGCUGGACGCUCACUUUACUGAGAAGGGAGAACAUAGGAUACGCAUCAACGUGCAAUACGUCCGGUCAAGCAUUGGGAAUAGCGUUCGGGUACGUAUUGUUCAUAUUGUUUGAGUCCGAGGAAUUUUGCAACAAGUGGCUACGUUUUACAGCCCAAAAAGGAGGCAUAGUCUCGAUGGAAGGAUAUUUAUACUUCUGGGGAAUAAUGUUCACCGUGGCCUCCACGUCUAUCGCGUUUUUUGUUAAAGACAGAUUCAAUCAAGCCGAUAAAAUCAGCAAAAUCAAUAUUAAGCAAAUUUAUAAAGUGCUAUGGAAGAUCAUAAACCUUCGGACGAUGAGAAUAUUUACUCUAAUUAUGCUAGCGUAUGAAAUGUCAUUUUCGUCCAUGGGAUCAUUCGUUUCUAAUCCAAAAUUUAUGGAAUAUGGCGUGGCUAAAGAAGACAUGGCUCUAGUUGACCUAUCGUUGAUUCCGAUAAAGAUUUUUAUUCCUAUUCUUAUUUCGAAAUUUACAUCUGGGCCGAGACCGUUAAAAAUACUUUACAAGACUGUGCCAUACCGGCUGAUGUUGGGAAUUUCUUCCGGAGUCCUUGUAUACUAUACUCCGUAUUUCAUAAGUGGCGAAUACCAUAAUUGGUCAGUUUACUUUUUCCUGUUUUACGAGCUCCAUCGUAUUUUGAGACUGGUGUUGUUGGUCGUCGUUUACCUGAGCGUGAGGUCGUUCUUCUUACGAAUCAGCGACCGUCGGAUCGGUGGUACGUACAUGUCACUGUUAAAUACUAUAUGGUAUUUAGGGAUAGCUGUAUCCCGGAUUUCAGCCCUGGGAAUGCUCAACUUGCUGACGGUCAAACAGUGUUCGACGGGCCGAGCGACCGAGUGUCGUUUCAAAACGGUGAAUGAUGAAGACUGCGAGAAGUUUGCCGGGGACGAAUGCGUCACCGUCCUGGACGGUUACUUUGUCGAAGUGGUAUUCUGCACGGUGUCUGGUGUGGUGUGGUACCUGGCCUUGAGAAAAGUCCUCGAGAACUUACAGUCCAGGGAGCAGAGCGAUUGGCAAGUGAACGACGUUGGGCUGAUCUACAGCGUGUCACAGGAAUGACCAUCGCUCGCCGGCCACCGCUGCUACCCGCCCGACCUGCCUGUCUGUUCGUGGAGUCGUAGUUCCGUGAAACGCUAAAUCAUUUUAAAUUGUUUUUAAACCUUUUUUCGCCCCAAAAAAACUUAUCUCAAACCACUCGCCGGCCUUAACCAGUGAUUUCGACCGGUUUAUUGGUUGGAAGGGAGGUACCUCUACUAAUUCAUGUACAAAACGAAAACUAAAUGCCUAGUAUAAUGUUGAAGUACGUACCUACCUGCAAUAACAAUCCUACAUGUGUGUACCGCGCAUUUUAUAUUAUUUUAAUUAUACAAACUACCGAUAGUACCGGCUAUAAAUUAGGUAUUUUAAAUGAAAAAAUAAAAUAAAAAAUUGUUAAGACUUUUCAGAUAAUACCUAUACAUGUUUAAUCAACUAAACCCAAAAUGUCAAAUUCCAAUUAAAAACGCUGUCAACUUCGUUAUACAUUCCACUUACCUAUAGUUAGAAAAACCUUUUUGAAACAUUAAGUUGGUAAUUUUAAUGUCUUAUUAGUUGUUAUAUUUAAUUUAAAAAGCAACGUUUUUAAUUAUUUAAACUCUAUAGCUAAUAAGUAAUAAGUUUUAGCAAAAUAAAUAAUGUAACUAACAAUUUCGUAAGUUAGUUCUAAAAGUAAGUAGGUAACUGACAAGAUAAUGAUUACAAUACAAUCAUUGUAUCUACCUAUUUUCGACUGUUGGAUUGUUGCAGAAAUAGAUGUAAAAUCAAAAAUGUACCGAGUGCAGAGUAAUUAUUAUUAUUUAUUAUACAUAUUUAACUACAAAAUCAAUUUUUUAAUUUUAAAUUUGAUACAUUUGAAACUUUAAUGCUUAUAAAAAUAAUUGUGCAUAUUAUGUAUUUUUAAUAUUUUUAAACUGCUUUUGUAACAAUAUAUCAGAAGCCUUGUAUUACAUGUUAACGCUUUUUGACCCAACAUAUAGGUAUAAUUUUAUUGGCAUUUAUAGAAAAAAAAAACUUAACAAAUUGAAAAUUGAAAAUGUCCGUAAACAGCUCAAAACAAAUCAAAAUAUUGAUAAAUUUUAUCAAGUAUAGGAAUUGAUACAAUAAACACAUGGGGUAAAUUUCAAGGAUCUACGCUUAUUCGCAGUGGCGCACACUCAAAAAUGCCGGGGGGUCCACCCACCCAAAUACAGGGGGUCCACCCCACACAAUAUAGUACCUUCGUGGGUUAUACAAUGGCAAUGGGGUAGUCUUCGCUCUUUAUAACAGUCUAAUGGUACUCGCGCAUUAUCGUCAGUCUCCGACUCGCCAGGCAUUUUAAAUCUAACAAUUACUCAAUUUGGUCGACCACAGCAAUAUUAUGUCUAUUUCUUUUUGACGUGCUUCGUAUAUGUGUUUUUCUUGCAGGAUGAGUUUGGUUGAAAAAAUUAACUUUAUGUUUCAUAAUACUUAUUAUGUGGAUAUUUAUUACGGAACAUAAAAUAAUCUAUGAAUAAAUUAUUGGUUUUUUUUUUUUUAAAUUUUAGAUUCUGAGCGAAGCGAUGAAUGUAUUGAUUUUACAAUGAUGUGUGUUUUUAUUUUUAUUUUUGUGUCUGUCAUCACCUUUUAGGACAGUAAAAGUGCUUGGAUUUUCUUCAAUAGUAACUUUUCUGAUAGGAAAGUGAAUCUAGUGGGUACUUUGGGGGGUAAAAGAUGAACAUUUCCCAGUAGUUUUCACAAGCGACGUGAAAAACAAAAGAAAAAUUAAGGAACAACGGGAAUUUUUACGCAAAAUCUGUUUUCGAGAAAAUAGAUUUUGGUUUUUGGUGUAACUCUAAAACAAAUGACCGUAGAGACAUGAAAUUUUGACUGAAUGUUUAUAUUAGCAUUUUCUAUACACCAUAAAAUGUUGAAA